AUGAAGCUAGCCGAUCAGGUUGUCCUUGUUACGGGCUCGUCUCGUGGGGUGGGUCUAGCGAUUGCCAAAGCAUUCCGCGACGAAGGCGCAAAGGUCGUGGUCAACUAUUUCCACCCGGCCGUGAACCGCAUCGCGGCGCUCACGAAGGAGUUCGGAUCUACAGAGGACCGUGUCCUGUUCUUCCGGGCAGAUGUCACCAACGCCGACGAGGUCCAGGCACUGUUCGCAGCUGCGGAGCGACACUUUGGGAAGCCGAUAGCCACGGUGGUCAACAACGCCAUGGUCGGCGACUUUGCCUUCAACGGCGACGCGAGGCCCAAGGUCGCGGAUCUGACGUGGUCCAACUUCGACGCGCAGCUGCAAGGGUUCCUCCGGGGGAGCUUGAACACGACGCAAGCGGCUCUCGCUGGGUUCGAGAAGCUCGGCUCCGGCUGCAUCGUCAACGUCGGGUCCAACCUGUUCCAGAACCCCGUGGUGCCGUACCACGACUACACGGCGGCGAAAGGGGCGUUGCUGGCGUUCACUAGGACGUGCGCCGCCGACCUCGGCCCAAGAGGCGUCACCGUCAACAUGGUAUCGGGCGGGCUCUUGCAGGUCACGGACGCCAGCGCGAGCACCCCCAGGGAGGUGUUUGAUCACAUCAAGGCCGUCACGCCGCUGAGAAAGGUCACCACGCCCGAGGAUCUCGCCGGGGCGGUCUUGUUCUUCGCCAGCCCCUGGGCUGGUGCGGUGACGGGUCAACAGAUGGUGGUCGAUGGAGGUUUGGUCAUGAAUUGA